GCGUUUGUUUCCGGUGGCGCGGCGAGGCGCAGCCGCCUCGCGGGGUACUGCGGCUCUCCAGCCUCCAGGGAAAGAUGUUCUACCAUAUCUCCCUGGAGCACGAGAUCCUGCUGCACCCGCGCUACUUUGGCCCUAACUUGCUCAACACGGUGAAGCAGAAGCUCUUCACCGAGGUGGAGGGGACCUGCACGGGCAAGUAUGGCUUUGUAAUUGCUGUCACCACUAUCGACAAUAUCGGUGCUGGUGUGAUUCAACCAGGCCGAGGCUUCGUCCUUUAUCCAGUGAAAUACAAGGCCAUUGUUUUCCGGCCCUUUAAAGGGGAGGUUGUGGAUGCUGUUGUCACUCAGGUCAACAAGGUUGGACUCUUCACAGAAAUUGGACCCAUGUCCUGCUUUAUCUCACGACACUCCAUCCCAUCAGAGAUGGAGUUUGAUCCUAACUCCAACCCACCAUGUUACAAGACAAUGGAUGAGGACAUUGUGAUUCAGCAGGAUGAUGAGAUUCGCCUGAAGAUUGUGGGGACCCGCGUGGACAAGAAUGACAUUUUUGCUAUCGGUUCCCUGAUGGAUGAUUACUUGGGGCUUGUGAGCUGAGCAUUGGGUCCUCCUACAUUGUCUGUUCCUGAUGUAGGUGAUGGUGACUGUCACACUUCCCAUGUUGCCCAGAGGCCCCAUCUGGCUGCUGUGGGGGAAGUCAAAGGUCAAAGAGGCACUUUGUCUCUGGAAAAUAAUCUGCUCGUUCUUAUGGCUUGGUAGCUAUCCUUGAUUUGACUGUUCUGACCAUAAAGCUCGUUGGUUUUCUUGAA